ACGUACUAUUAAUUGUCCAUUGGUUUUUGAUAAUUCCGUGCUAACAAAUCAAUCACUUUUAAGAUCAAUUAAAGUUGCACGUGCUACACGAGCAGCUUUUAUCGUAGAAGUAACUUUCAUGUGAUGUGUCACGCGCAAAAGUUUUUAUUUCUGCUGUGUACCACGUUAUUUCUAUUUUGUGAAUUUUAGUAGUACAUCUAUCGAUAAUGUGCGAUAAAGUAUGCUAUAUAAUUGAUAAUUGUAAGUAAUAAUUACAAGUGAAGUGACAAGGUGAUGGUAUAAAUGGAAGUUGGUAAAAGUGUAUCUUUGUUUUUCAAGAAUGGUGAGGUAAGUAGGAACCGAUAUACAAUAAGAUUCCAAUUUAUAUAGAGCAUUUAGUUAUAAAUCAGUGAACCUUCCUAUGCACGAUCGUGCUUCGUUUCUCAUGUAAAUUCAACAUAUCAUGCGAACUAAGCUUCUUUUAUUGUUAUCAGUUCCGCGUCCUUUCAAUUUGUCGCUCUUUUAUUUCAGGACAAUGACGGGCUUCAAGAUGCUGUAUCUAUGUUUGGCGUUAGUUGUCCUUCUACAUGCAUUAGUUCACGAGGCUGCUGAAGGUUUGCACUUUAAGUUGUCUUUUUCCAUGUACUUCAGAUUCCAGUAUGAUCCCAUGAAGUCAUGUCGACUUUACGAUGAUAUCUUUCUAUUAAGGAUCCAAUUAUCACCGUAUAGCGACAGCAAUACCUACAUACAAUUAUCUACGUAUAUUCGUCCUUCCGGGUAUCGCGCGCCAAUUGCUAAAUUUGAGUCGAUCGAGAAUCAGAAAAAUAACUCGUAUCUUGCACAAAGAAACUGCGCAACGAAGUUUACCCAGAUGCAAAUACGUAUCCUUCGCUGUAUUUUCUGAGGAACCAGUCGAUGAUAACAUUACUUGAUAAAAAGUAAGAUUACGUUAUUUCGAGGUCUCAGGAUUUACUGUACAUCUAGCAGGAACGAGACAAGAGAACGUUACCGAGGACUUCACAUUUUUAUAAACUUCCAAGCUUUUUAUUUAAUGGCUGAUGAAGUUAAUUAUAAUAUAGGGAUAUUCCGGACACAUACUUCAUACUUGCGGACUUCAUAUUUUCUAUUUUCGUAUUGUCGUCGUGUUAAUAACUAUAUGUUAUAGUAUAAGAAUAUAGUAUCUACGUUCUGAAGACGAAUGAAGUAUCUGCAGUGUAACUCUAUGUUCUUAAUGAUGGAAGAAGCGUGUAAUCGGACAGUAUACGAUGUGAACGAAGUAUCAGGAGUAAUGGUUAAUAUCGCAUAAAGAAGAUAAAGCAUUAUUACGAAAAGCUUGAAUCAAUUUGUUAACCAGAGAAGACGAAUUAAUUCGUCAUUCUACUGUCAGUUCCCUAAAUAUAAUAAUUUAAUCUAUAAAUGUUUUAUAGCAACCUCGUAUGGGCCCUUGCGUCCACCACACUGUGGUUUUAGCAACAUUACGCAUACCAGGGUGGUUGGUGGUAAACCAGCUAAACUUGGUACGUUUCGUCUCUUUUUUUCCGAUUAAUAAUAAGCGAUUUACUACGAAGUCUGAACUUUAAAGGCACUAACAAGCACAUCAAAGUACGUUUCAAUUACAAUAAAUAAUAACUUCAAUAAAUUAUUUAUUAAUUUGAAUUACUUCUUUCUUUUACUUCAUGUUAGGAAAAGUAACGUUUUACUUGAAAUUAAAAAUUGAUACAGGAAUAAUAAUAUGGAUGGAGAUGAAAAACUGUUAGGGGAGAAAUUACAUAUUUGAACUUCAUAGUUUAGUAUAGUUCAAGUAGAAAUUAUGUAGAAUUAUCUAAUAAUUUUUAUUCCAGUGAAGUAAAAAUUUAAUUUCUCUCUUGAUCAAAUUUCUAUUUGAGGGUAUUUGUACGUAUGUAGUUAUCGUCUUCUCCAUCAUCGAAUGUCCAAUGGAGAACAAUAGUUUCUAGCUCAUCACGCGAGAAAAAAUAUGUAUGUUCCCAACUAUAACCAUUGCGUUUUAGGUGCUUGGCCAUGGAUGGUUGCGUUAGGUUUUCAUAAUUAUAGACAGCCAAAGAAGGAUCCGGAAUGGCAUUGCGGAGGUUCCCUGAUAUCGGCUAGACAUGUUUUGACAGCAGCACAUUGUGCAAUACACCGUUCAUUGUACGUGGUUCGUAUCGCGGAUUUAAAUCUGAAAAGAGAUGACGACGGUGCGCAUCCUAUUCAAAUGGGACUAGAAUCUAAACUAAUUCAUCCUGAUUAUACUUACCCGGAACACCAUGAUGAUAUAGCUAUUCUUAAAUUGGAGAAGGAUGUAUCAUUUUCAGAGCACAUACGUCCCAUUUGUCUCCCCAUAGAGGAGUCCCUUCGAAAUAACAACUUCAUGGGCUAUAACCCCUUCGUUGCUGGAUGGGGAAGAUUAAAAUAUAGAGGACCACUAAGUGAUGUAUUAAUGGAAGUACAAGUGCCAGUGGUUAGCAACGCUGUAUGCAAAAAGGCUUAUCGCGACGCUUCUGAUACAGUAAUAUGCGCCGGAUACACUGAGGGUGGAAAGGAUUCUUGUCAAGGUGACAGCGGAGGACCACUGAUGAUACCACGGCAAUUCACUUACUAUCAGAUAGGUAUUGUGUCCUUUGGUUAUAACUGCGCUGUACCUAUGUAUCCUGGCGUUUACACUAGGGUCACGUCCUACCUCGACAACUUUAUUCUCCCAGCGUUGCAAUAAAACGAUUAUUAGUGUUACAUAUGUAUCAUUUUUCGUGUACGAAAAAGGAAGUUGUAACUUUCUAUUGUAGAGAUAAUAGACAGUUGAAAUUUAUAUUGUUUUGUACGUCAGGAAUGAUAGCCUUAAAAUGCACGAAAUGUAACUAUGUAAAAAUGUAACUUUUGAAACGACACUAACCUUUUACGCAUCCCAAACUUGUGCGAUUUAGAUAUAUAGAGAUAAUACAGGAACAUUAAUUAAACUUCUUUCUCUGCUUCUCUUUAUUUGAUGGUAAUAAUAAAUCAACUUGCUGCAUAUUUGGCUAUGUGUAAGAGAAAUUUCCAUUCAG